AUGAUAACCCCACGAUUAUUCCUUCUUUUAACCAAAUAUAAGCAUAUGAAAUUUGAGAAAGGCGUUAAAAUGAACCUUGACGACAUAAAAAUGCCAAAACUUUUUCGUACGAUUAAGAGAAAGAUGAGCUACAAGUCGCAUAAUUGUAAAGAAUGUAAUUGGAAAAGGUCGGCUGGCGAAAAUGAACCACUCUUGGUAGAUCACAUUUGGUGUGAAACCUGUUCUCCGAUUCAACUCCAAAGGGAAUUCAUACUUUGGAAGAGCGGUAAUAAUGAAAUCGAUGACUUUAUAAGGUUCCAACAAAUUAAGGCUAAAACACCUAGCAACCUGAUAGAGUGGAUACCUUAUGAUAGAUUUACCGAUAUUAAAUACUUGGAGCAAGGGGGUUUCUCCAUAGUUUACUCCGCUACAUGGAUGGAUGGUCCAAUUCAAGGAUGGAACCUUGAACAGAAACAAUGGAAUAGACUUUCCAAGACCAAAGUUGCCUUAAAAGUUCUUAAAGAUUCGCAAAACAUUUCAUCCGAAUUCUUGGAAGAGUUACAUUUGAAUUUACAACGUGGAUCUACAUACGUCGUAAAAUGUUUAGGUUUCACCCAAGAACCAAAAUCGAAGGAUUAUGCAAUGGUUCUUGAAUUUGCAGAAAACGGAAAUUUGAGACAUUAUUUGAAUUGCAAUUCAAAUUCUAUUGACUGUAUGAUUAGAUGCUGCUUUAUUUAUGAAGAUGAGUGUAAAAUAUCACAUCGAAUAUCGAAAGAAAUAGAACAAUGUAAAUGCAUUCAUCAAACACAUCCCACCGAACAAACAAAAAUUCAUCCUGAAGCAAAUUAUCAUAGCAGAUUAUUAUCUUUUCCUAAACUUGAAGAAACUCUCGCUUCGGGUAUAUAA